AGUCAGCUGACACCACAUCUGGACCUGCAGCUCUAGUGAAAGCCUGCUGUCUGGCAUGCCACUGGCUGGGGGGGAAUGAUGUCUGAACCAGCCAGCUCUGGUCCUGUCCAUCACCAAAACAGUGGCCAGGAUUCACCUGGGACAGCAAGGACCAGCACUGGGCCCCAUAUUGAGGCAUCCUCUACCCCUGUCUCCUCUGUUACUAAAGGACAGAGGACUAGCCUCCGCAGAACUCCUCUUGGAAUCCGAAGAACUUUUACCAAAGGAUUUAAAUCACCUGUCCUGUCUCCGUAUUGCAGCCAGUCACCCAAAGAAUCGGUGGAAAAUCUGCACGUAGAAAUUUCAGCUCUAAAACAGAAGGAAAAUGCUCUGGAUACAGAGAUCGCCCAGUUGGAGGCAGAAGGUUAUAGUAUGGCUGAACUGGAACAACACAUAUCACUUCUCCAUGAGUAUAAUGAGUUAAAAGAUACUGGACAGCUGCUCUUGGGCAGACUUGCUGUCCUCAGGGGCGUCACUACUAAAGAUCUCUAUGCCGAGUUUGGGUUGGAUUUGGAGGACUAAGAAAAUGAAUGGAUAUCUCUGCUGAAAAUAUGAAUAUGUCCAUCCAUAGAAAAAAACAAAAGCAAGAUUAAUAUUAAUGUUUUUUUUUUGGUUUUUUUUUAAACCAAACAUGAAGUCUGGAAUUGCUGUUCAUUUAAUUUAGAAAACAGUACACAAAAAAAAAAGUUGUUCAGUCUCUCUUAUGCUGCCCGUUCUUUGUUCUGAUAUUGUUUUCUGAACAUAUUGGCAUAAUUAAUUGGAGGAAAAAAAAAUAUUCUAGAAAGGGGUCAUUGUUAUAAGAUUUAUACUCCGGAGGUUCUAGCUGUACAGGAUAUUGUGGGCUUGUUUUAAUGCCAACAAUUAAGUAUUUCAUUUUGAAACUUUUGUUGUAAAUGUUAAAGACAAAAUCUACUUUAUUUAUUGAAUAAUAAAAAAGUUUUUAUUUAAACGCUA